CUGAAUAUUGCAUCAUCACAGCCUUUCACUCUUGUCGCUCUGAAGCGGGUAAAGUAUUGUGCAUUUGUCUAGCAGGAGACAAGUAUUUUCUUGUGAAGGCCUUUUCUUUGGAAAAUAAACACUGUUUUGCUGGAAACAGUGAAGUUAUUUAUUUUUUAAAUAGAUUUUCUGUGUUAGUUGUUCAAGUUCCUGUACCAAAUAUGCCAAGAGGCGGUAAAAAAGGUCACAAGGGUCGGGGAAAGCAGUUCAGCAAUCCAGAAGAGAUCGACAGACAGAUGAAAGCACAGAGAGAGCUGGAGGCGAAUGGCGGGGUAGAGAAGGAGGAGGAGAAGUCAUCAGGAUCUGACGACAGCAGCAGUGAAGAGGAGGACAUUAACAAGAAGAAGAGUGGAGUGGAGGGAUUGAUCGAGAUUGAGAAUCCCAACCGCAUAUCGCAGAAAAGUAAGAAGGUGACCGAGCUAGAUGUCAACGCACCCAAAGAGCUGUCACGCAGAGAGAGGGAGGAGAUUGAGAAGCAGAAGGCAAAGGAGCGCUACAUGAAGCUGCACCUGGAGGGGAAGACGGACCAGGCACGGGCUGACCUUGCCAGGCUGGCCAUCAUCAAGAAGCAGAGAGAGGACGCACAAAAGAAGAGGGACGGCCUCAAAAAAGAAAAAGAAGCUGAAGACUCCAAGUCUAAGCGUUAGUCCCCUGUCUCCCGAGGAAUUGGCCUGGCAAACGUUCUGGGGAGGCUGGAGAGACGAGAGAAGAUUGUAGGAGGGAGGGGACCAAUACGAGGGUUGUCGGCUCAGGGGUACCAUGUGCUUCGGCUCCUGCCCUUCAUCUCCGAUGAGGGAAGGGUGUGAGCGGGGCGUUUUUGGAGGACACGGGAAGGGGGGGGGGGGGUGGAGGUGCACUUUGGGUACGCCUGUUUAGUUUCUCUGAAUUGUGAGGUUACAACUGCAGGUGUUCUAGUGUCUUCACUCCUCCCCUGUGUUCUUAUUCUAAAGCUGCUGGAGAUCAUUCUUUAAUUUUUACAUUUUAACACUGUUUACUUAGGAAUGGGAAAUGUUGGGAUGAUGAGGGAUUUGUAUACCUUCUCCUACAUCGAACCUGUUUUAAGGUGAUUCAAGAGGAGGUGGUUGGGAUUGAGGAACACUAGUCAGAUCCAUCUUAUAUAGGAAGUCUAUGUACUCUUUAUUAUUGUCUUGUUCUGGCCUUUGUCUCUACCGGCUGUGUCUUCAUUCACAACCUGACCAUUUUAAAGGCCUUUGGCCGCAAAGGAAAGAUGUUGGAAAGAGCUGUCCCAGAGGCAGUAGUGUUUGACAAAACAUACGUCAAGGAAUCAAUCAGCCUUUGUGCCACUUACUUGUAGGCUGUUCAUUUCCUGGAGCUUUUAUUCUGUUGGAUGUGUUGGUUUUUCUGCCCAGACAUGUUCAGCUGUUUGAGCUGUCACCUUGCUCUAAUUUCUCUUUAAACCACCUGGCAGUGUAACAUCUAGUAAAAAAGUUAAAUUGGUAUAAAACGGGGCAUAAUGAUAUUUCACAAUAAUAAAAUUGAAAAAGCAUCGCUAUAGCCUCCUACUGGAUGUCUCUUUCUCAGCACUAUGGGUCACUAAGGCUUUCUCUUGAAAGGGACCAUUAUUUUGUUCCCUUUAACAGUUAACACAGGACCAAGUCAAUGGUCGCGUUCCCCUGCUCAGACGUUGCAUGCAUCAGCCAAUGGUUGCGUGCCACGUCAUGGACUGCUGUCAGGCACCAGAUUGCUAUAACAUCCAGACAUUAUAAGAUCUGGCAGGCAUCAGCAACCCCUGGGCAGAGGAACUCGCCCACUGUCUGUCUCUCUGAUAGUUAUGACGGUGCUAUGCUGUAGUGCAAUGGUUGGAACCUGAUAUGCCUUUAACAGGAAAGCAAUAUUCUCUGAAUGGAGGUUGUGGCGAAAACUAAUUUCUCUCUUGAAAACAUACAGUAUAUACAAAGUGUUUUAAUGUUUAUAAAAAGGACUCUCCAGGACUGAAAGGAUUGGUCGGAUAAUUGGUUGACUCGUCUAUUUGAAUUCUGUUGUAUAGAAAUAAAUACAUUACUAGAUGAAUGAA